AUGCUUCUUCACAACGAAAAUAGCAGCAAAGCGGCUUCGCUAUCAGCGGGUGAAUUGGGCGUUCCUCUUCUUCAUGGAGCGAUGAUCGGAGCCAUCAAUUUGGCUCUUUCAGUUAUUGGCACAUUUGGAAACUUUCUGAUUAUCUUUGCUAUUUUGAAAACACCCCAGCUCCGAAAAAGACCGUCCAACAUUCUUCUCCUCAGCCUAGCAGUAGCUGAUUUGUUAGUGACCAUGGYUGCAAAGCCGCUGUUUGCAUCAUAUGUUAUUAUAAAGACCGCUGACAAUCGAUGCGCCCGUGGAGUCGAUAUGGCGUAUUUCCUGGCAGCGACACUWUCAGGCGGUAGCUCUACCAGCCACUUGGCAGCCAUAAGCAUCGAUAGAGCGCUCGCAACGGUUAAGCCCCAUAAAUACCAUAGCAUCAUGAAGAAGUGGGGCAAAAAGAURCUAUGUCUGUGCUGGKGUUCUGUUAUAAUUGCAAUMAUUGCAUAUUUAACUAUACAUAUAACGAAGGCAGGGAAAAGCGCCGCCCAAACCUUAAGCAUUCUUAUUGCCCUGUUUGUUGCCACAGAUUUCCUCCUCAUGAUUGGUUCAUACGCGAUAGUUUUCUGCAAAAUCAAAAACCACAAGUUCCAUUCAGCCAUGAGAGCAAUGCCUUCCUCGACACGUGAAAGAGCCAUGGAAAGGAGAGUUUCUGGAGCUAUUGCCAUUGUGRUUUUCCUUUUUGUUGCUUGCUGGUUCCCCGUUGUUGGAUACAGAUUAUCACAGCCUGAUAAAUCUGCCCACUGUUCGUUUGGUCUCAUACAAUUAUGGUUUCGUACACUUUGCUUAGCAAACUCAUCCAUGAACUUUAUCAUAUACAGCUUGAGAAUCCGGCAGUUCCGUACUGCAUACUUAAGAAUCAUCAACAGAAUGCUGCAAUCAUUUCGACAAAUUGCUAGAAAUUGCUUAAGCACAAGCGCUGAACAACUAAAUACGACUGUAACACCGAUCACUCUUGUGUCCGUCCCUCUAACGAUAAACAUGCCAAGUUUAUCAAAGGAAAGCAAAGAUGCGAGUGAGACAAUUUAA